AUGAGGAGCCUGCUGUAUUUCGGGGAAGAUCGAUACCUCAUGACGGUGGUUAUGGAACACUUCCCGAUGUACAAGACGGUCUUCAUCCGGGACGCGCACGCGUAUACCAUUGCGUCAGACGACUGGAAGAUUCUGCUGCCGCAGCUUUUCGCUGUCUCGACGCGGUUCAUUGUCAUGAUCGACUUGGUCUCGACGCUCAUCCAGCCCGCCGCGCUUGCCUACAUCAUCGAUGCCCCUGCCGGUCUGCCCUGUGUCACCACGUCGGCGUUGGCGGUCGGUGCUGCUUACCUCGCAAAGCGUGAUGCGAUCAUGCAGAAGUUCACCGCUAUCGAGCCCCUCGCUGUCCCUGAUUCGUCGCACAAUGUGAUGUCGCUCAACCCCGUCGACAAGGUCACCGUUGUCGGGCUGAAGGACUACCAAGGCGCGCAGGACCCUCCGCAGGGGAGCUCGAGGAGCACGCGCUGCAGAUAG